UGACAACGGGCGGCUGUGGUGGGCGGGAGCUGGACGCCUCCUCCUGCCCCGAGCCUGAGAGAGCCCCCUUUGGUGCCUGAUGUGACCCUUGGCCCUGGGCUGGGCACCCCGAGCCAUGGCCGACACCAUCUUCAGCAGUGGGAGCGACCAGUGGGUUUGCCCCAACGACCGGCAGCUUGCCCUGCGAGCCAAGCUGCAGACAGGCUGGUCUGUGCACACCUACCAGACGGAGAAGCAGAGGAGGAGCCAGUGCCUCAACCCGACGGAGGUGGAGGCCAUCCUGCAGGUCAUCCAGAGGGCCGAGAGGCUGGACGUCAUGGAGCAGCAGAGGAUUGGGCGCCUGGUGGAGCGGUUGGAGACCAUGAGGCGGAACGUGAUGGGCAACGGCCUCUCCCAGUGUCUGCUCUGCGGGGAGGUGCUGGGCCUCCUGGGCAGCUCGUCUGUGUUCUGCAGAGACUGCAGGAAGGUCUGGAAGAGGUCAGGGGCCUGGUUCUACAAAGGGCUCCCCAAAUAUAUCCUGCCCCUGAAGACCCCCGGCCGGGCUGAUGACCCCCACUUCCGACCUAUGCCGGUGGAGCCAGCUGAGCCAGAGCCCAGAAGCACUGAGACCAGUCGAAUCUACACCUGGGCCCGAGGGAGAGUGGUUUCCAGUGACACUGACAGCGACUCAGACCUCAGCUCCUCCAGCCUGGAUGACGGACUCCGGCCCACGGGGCUCAGCGACCCCAAAGGGGACACCCCCCAGGGGGAACCAGGUGGCAGCACGGAGUCACCCAGGAUGGGGCUGCCCCGCCCGCCCAGCCACCUCUCUGGGAGCCAGAGCAGCCUGGCCAGUGAGACUGGGGCAGGCUCUGCAGACCCACAGGGGGGCACCUCACCCCAGCCUGACCCAAAGGGCGCAGGCAAGCGACACCCUUGGGCGAGUCCCCGCUGCUGAGGUGGCCUCCACCAGGGCAGAGCCGAUGUCCCCCGGGAGAUGCCAAGAGCUGAGAGCUGGAGCCAGACCUCCGGUCUUCACAGCUCCCUUCCAGCUGGUCCUCGCCCCCCUCCCCGCCCCCGCAGCCAGCCACCCUAUCGGUGGUGACCUCUGACCCAACAAACCAGUGUUUGGGGAGGUGGGCCUGAGUCUGCUUCCCCCACCCCCACCUAGUGCCUUUCUCUCUUGGGAGUCCUUCUCUACCGCCACCGCCACCGCCACCCCUCCCCAGCCCCUUUAUUUAUUAGCCCCUUACAGACUCCAUCCCGCCCGCCCCGUGUGUGUGUGUGUGUGUGUGUGUGUGUGUGUGUGUGUGUGUGUGUGUGUGUUUAAAGCUUGCACCUGUCUCGGGUCCAGGCUGGAAGGACCUGCAGCCUGUCCUGCGAGGCCUCCCGUAUGCACUGCAGUUCCCAGCGGGGCUUUCCGCAUGCAGGGCAGGAAGGAAGAGCACUCGGACCGCUGUCUUUCAACAAUGAACUGGCUGGGAGCCCCAGUGGACGAGUUGGAGCCAAGAGCAGGUGGGAGGAGAGACCCCCUCCUAUCCGCUCCCCAGCUCAGGAGGCAGGGGCAGUGUCCCUACGGGGGCACGGCUCACCCAGGGGCUGCCACUGCCACCGGCCUCUGGGCUGGACUUCUUUGCCUGGUUUGGAUCCGCUUCUUCAGCUGGUGGGACCAAAGACCCCCUCCAGCGAUGGGACCGUACAUGCACUCACUCAAGAGCAGCCUAGGAGAGUCCCUGGCCCAGCAAGCGGCUCCCCUAAGCGGUGAAUUCACUUCCUUUCAGUUGGUUCAGUUUGGCAUGAGAAGUACUUAAUUCAAAGCACUGGUCCAUGCCUCUGGAAAACCCUUCUCUGGAGAGAGAGAGAGAGAGAGCGAGCGUGUGUGUGAGUGUGUGAGUGUGUGCACGCGCGCUGGUGUCCACGCCCUCCCAUCCUUGUCCUUCCGGCUCCCAGCUCCCCCACCCCGGCCAUAAUGCACACCGCAUGUGCCUAGUUCCGGAGGGGCCCCCUUUCCUCCCCAGCCCCCAGGACCCCCUCAAUAGCUGAUUUUGCCCUUGCCACGUUACGCUUCAGCACUAAAGCACUAAAGAUUAACAUUCGCAUCGA